AAGAUGUUGGCUGCGGCUGCAGCAGCUGAGACGAUGGCAGCGCCUGCGGGCAGCAAGAGAUGGAGGCAGCGGGACCCGGACGUAACCGGGACCGGGAGACUGAGGUCUGGGUUCGGUCUCCCAAGGCUCCUGGUGGUGCUCCCGCCGCUGCUGCUGCUCCUGCUGCUCCCGCUGUUGCUACUCUUGCUGCUGCCCCGAGAGGCUGGGGCGGCGGCGGCGACAGGAUCAGGCUCACUUGUAUCCGAGGCCAAGAAAUGUGAUCAGCCCUGUGUCAACCGCGGCCGCUGUGACCCUGGCACCGGCCAGUGCAUCUGCCCCGCCGGCUGGGUGGGCGAGCAAUGCCAGCACUGCGGGGGCCGCCUCAAGCUAACUGGAGCUUCUGGGUUUAUAACAGAUGGACCUGGUUAUUAUAAAUAUAAAAUGAAGUGCACGUGGCUCAUUGAAGGACAGCCAAAUAGAAAAAUGAGACUUCGUUUCAAUCAUUUUGCUACAGAGUGUAGUUGGGACCAUUUAUAUGUUUAUGAUGGGGACUCAAUUUAUGCACCACUAAUUGCUGCCUUUAGUGGCCUCAUUGUUCCUGAAAGAGAUGGCAAUGAGACGGUUCCCGAGGUGGUUGUCACAUCAGGUUAUGCCCUUCUGCAUUUUUUUAGCGAUGCCGCUUAUAAUUUGACUGGAUUUAAUAUCACUUACAAUUUUGACAUGUGUCCGAAUAAUUGCUCAGGCCGAGGAGAAUGUAAGACCAGCAACAGCAGUGGCAAUGUGGAGUGUGAAUGUUCUGAAAACUGGAAAGGUGACUCGUGUGACAUUCCUUACUGUACAAACAACUGUGGUUUUCCUCAUCGAGGCAUCUGCAAUUCAAGUGAUAUCCGAGGAUGCUCCUGCUUCUCUGAAUGGCAGGGCCCUGGAUGUUCAGUUCCUGUGCCAGCUAACCAGUCAUUUUGGACUCGAGAGGAAUAUUCAAACUUAAAGCUGCCCAGAGCAUCUCAUUAAGCUGUGGUCAAUGGAAACAUAAUGUGGAUUGUUGGAGGAUAUAUGUUCAACCACUCAGAUUACAGCAUGGUUCUAGCGUAUGACCUUGCUUCUAGGGAAUGGCUUCCACUAAACCAUUCUGUGAACAAUGUGGUUGUUAGAUAUGGUCAUUCUUUGGCUUUAUAUCAGGAUAAAAUUUACAUGUAUGGAGGAAAAAUUGAUUCAACAGGCAAUGUGACCAAUGAGUUGAGAGCGUUUCAUAUUCAUAAUGAAUCAUGGGUAUUGUUGACCCCAAAAGCAAAGGAGCAGUAUGCAGUGGUUGGACACUCAGCACUCAUUGUAACACUGAAGAGUGGCCGGGUGGUCAUGCUGGUCAUCUUUGGUCACUGCCCUCUCUAUGGAUAUAUAAGCAAUGUGCAGGAAUAUGACUUGGAGAGGAACACCUGGAGUACUUUGCAAACCCAGGGUGCCCUUGUGCAAGGGGAUUAUGGCCACAGCAGUGUUUAUGAUCACAGGACCAAAGCCCUGUAUGUCCACGGCGGUUACAAGGCUUUCAGUGCUGUUAAAUACAGGCUCGAAGAUGACCUCUACAGAUACGAUGUGGACACCCAGAUGUGGACCAUUCUUAAGGAAAGCCGAUUUUUCCGUUACUUGCACACAGCUGUGAUAGUGAGUGGAACCAUGCUGGUGUUUGGAGGAAAUACACACAAUGACACAUCCAUGAGCCAUGGUGCCAAAUGUUUCUCUUCAGACUUCAUGGCUUAUGACAUUGCUUGUGACCGCUGGUCAGUGCUUCCAAGACCUAAUCUCCACCAUGAUGUCAACAGAUUUGGCCAUUCCGCAGUCUUACACAACAGCACCAUGUAUUUGUUUGGUGGUUUCAACAGUCUCCUCCUCAGUGACAUCCUGGUAUUCACCUCAGAACAAUGUGAAGCACAUCAGAGUGAAGCUGCUUGUGUGGCAGCAGGACCCGGUGUCCGCUGUGUGUGGGACACAGGGUCAUCUCAGUGCAUCUCCUGGGAGCUGGCAACUGAAGAACAAGCAGAAAAGUUAAAAUCAGAAUGUUUUCCCCAAACAACCCUUGACCAUGACAGAUGUGACCAGCACAUGGAUUGUUACAGCUGCACGGCCAACACCAAUGACUGCCACUGGUGCAAUGACCAUUGUGUCCCUAUUCAUCUCAGCUGCAUGGAAGACCAGAUUUCCAUUUCUACAUAUGAGAAUUGCCCCAAGGAUAACCCUAAGUACAGUUGUGUCAAGAAGACCAGCUAUAGGAGCUGUGACCUGGACCAGAAGUGCCAGUGGGAUCCCCAGAAUCAAGAGUGCAUCUCCCUGCCUGAAAAUAUCUGUGGCGUUGGCUGGCAUUUGGUUGGAAACUCGUGUUUGAAAAUUACUACUGCCAAGGGGAAUUAUGACAAUGCUAAACUGUACUGUAGGAACCACAAUGCCUUUUUGGCUUCCCUUACAACCCAGAAGAAAGUGGAAUUUGUCCUUAAGCAGCUGCAAAUAAUGCAGCCAUCACAGAGCAUGUCCAAGCUCACCUUAACCCCAUGGGUUGACCUUCGGAAGAGCAACAUGACCCACUGGUUCUGGGAAGAUAUGACUCCAUUUACAAAUAGUUUACUACAGUGGAUGCCAUCUGAGCCCAGCGAUGCUGGGUUCUGUGGAAUCUUGUCAGAACCCACUGUUCGGGGAUUAAAGGCUGCAACCUGCAUCAACCCCCUCAAUGGCAGCAUCUGUGAACGGCCUGAUAAGGACACUGCAAACCACAGUGCCAAGCAAUGCCGGACGCCGUGUGCCUUGCGGACUGCGUGUGGGGAGUGCACCAGCAGCAGCUCUGAGUGCAUGUGGUGCAGCAACAUGAAGCAGUGUGUGGACUCCAACGCCUACGUGGCCUCCUUCCCUUUCGGCCAGUGUAUGGAGUGGUAUACCAUGAGCAGCUGCCCCGCUGAAGAUUGUUCAGGCUAUUGCACCUGCAGUCAUUGCUUGGAGCAGCCAGGCUGUGGCUGGUGUACUGAUCCCAACAACACUGGGAAAGGGAAAUGCAUGGAGGGAUCCUACAAAGGACCAGUGAAGAUGCCUCCACAGGCCUCUGCUGGAACUGCCUAUCCACAGCCCCUUCUGAAUUCCAGCAUGUGUCUGGAGGACAGCAGAUACAACUGGUCUUUCAUUCACUGUCCAGCUUGCCAGUGCAAUGGCCACAGCAAGUGCAUCAACUAGAGCAUCUGUGAGAAGUGUGAGAACCUGACCACGGGCAAGCACUGCGAGACCUGCAUAUCUGGCUUCUAUGGUGAUCCCACCAAUGGAGGCAAAUGCCAGCCAUGCAAGUGCAAUGGGCAUGCCUCGGUGUGCGAUACCAACACGGGCAGGUGCUUCUGUGCCACCAAGGGCGUCAAGGGGGACCAGUGCCAGCUAUGUGAGGUAGAAAAUCGAUACCAGGGAAACCCUCUCAAAGGAACAUGUUAUUAUACUCUUCUUAUUGGCUAUCAGUUAACUUUUACCCUCUCCCAGGAAGAGGAUUGCUAUUACACAGCCAUCAAUUUUGUGGCCACUCCUAAGGAACAAAACAGGGAUAUGGACAUGUUCAUCAAUGCCUCCAAAAACUUCAAUCUCAACAUCACCUGGGCUGCCAGCUUCUCAGAUGGAGCCCAGCCUGAGGAACAGAUGCCUAUUGUUUCAAAAACCAACAUUAAGAAGUACAAAGACAGCUUCUCUAAUGAAAAGUUUGAUUUUCUAAACCACCCAAAUGUCACUUUCUUUGUGUAUGUCAGUAAUUUCACCUGGCCCAUCAAAAUUCAGGUAAGGUAUGCUUUUUGGUCUCGGGCAUGCAAAGACGGUGAAAUCUCUUCAGUAGAGCCUAGAUUCAGUAAUGUGGAAUGUGGGGUAAAUGAAAUGGUCAGCAUUGCUUUGCAUUUGUAAGAACUACGGCAAAGGAGUGCUGGGGACAUCAUGUAUCCCUUGUGAGAGACAUUUAAAGACCCUUUUGGAAACAAGUUGGCACAUAGCACAUUUGAUGAUUAUACAUGCAUUCAUUUCUUUUCUUCCUUUUUUUUUUUUUUUUGGUGGUGCUGGGAUUGAACCCAGGGUGGUGUGCAUGCAAGGCAAGUGCUCUACCAGCUGAGCUAUAUCCCCAGCCCUAUGUAUUCAUUUCUUCAUUAAUCAAUUGCCUUGUAAGAGACUGCAGGGCCAAAGAAUUUCAGUUCUGGAAUGAACGAUGUGAGUGUAAAGGAAGCAGACACACCUCUAACCAGCAAGAGCCAGAAUGGGGGAAGUAAUGUUGGAAAGUUUCCCAAAAUGCAAUCAGGAUUUAAAGCAAGAGAGCUAGUUGUAGGAGAAGGCAGGGGGUGGUGGGGUAUGAGAGCACAGGCCUUGCAGUGUGACGGAUGUGGAUUUGAUUGGUGGCUCCUGUGCAAAUUGUAGGGCCUCUCCAAGUCUUGGGUUCUUUGUACACAUGACCCAAAGGGUACUACAUGUCUGUGUGGCCUCAUCCACCUGCUCUCAGAGGGCCACGGCCCUCCCUCCUGUCCAACACUCAUGGCCCCAUUUGAACUUUCCAUGAUCAUGUUCCCCAAGCCCUGGCCUCAGUACUCCCUGCUCUUGCCUCCUUCAUUUUGGGGUCAAUGUGGAGGUCAGGGAUGGGUUGACUUGGAAGGAAUAGUUUGCCUUUAGCCCUGGAAGCGUGGUUGCUGGACAGGGGCUGGGGCUUUAUCAGUGUUGGAAGCAGGUGGUGCAGUUGCCUGGGAUGGGUUUGGAGCUACUUGUGGUGGUUGAAUCUUCAUGCCUUAGGGCUGUGACUGAAGGAGAGUUCAUCUUUUCCUUUCUGGCAUGUGGAGGAUGGGAACGCUGUUGUGUUUUUGCUCACCACCCUCUCUGUUGCUUACCACCCUCCUGUCUGGUGGUCUGCACAUGUGCCCAUCUCUGAUCUGCUUCUCCCUUGGCUCCUGCACACUCUCUGCUUCUCUCCUCAGCCAGUCUUUUUGUAAGCAAGGGCCGCAAUCCCUAUUUCUGUUUCUCAUCUCUAUUCAUUUGUCAUCCCCCAGCAGUCUGGCUUCUUCCCUGUCACACGGCAUCCCAGUGACUGAAUUCUUUAGGCUCCUUUUCUUUCUCAUUGUCUGACUUGAGUCACUUUCCUUCUUGCCUCCCUGUUCCUUUCUUUCCCUUUUCUUGGGCCAGCCUCUUUAGGGAGUCCUCUUCUUUAAACACUGGUCCUCUUCUUUCUUUGCUGCACCCAGCUUCCCUGGGUAAUUCUAUCCCACUUUAGGACUUGUGCCAUGUCUGUGCUGGGGUUCUCCAUGCCAUCUGCAGCCCAGCUAUAGGUGGACUGCACAGCAGGAUCCUUGGGUGCUGCUAGACAUCUCAACUGGGAUAUUUACAAGUUCCCUGCACUGGACACUUAAUUGCUCUCAUGCUCUUAGCUGCAACUUGUCACUCUUUCUUUCUCAGUGAACAGCACUGCCAGUCACCCUGUGACUCCUGUGCAAAUUGUAGGGCCUCUCCAAGUCUUGGGUUCUUUGUGCACAUGACCCAAAGGUCACCCUGUUGCAGGAGCUAGGGCCUGGAAAUAAUUUACAUUCCUGACAUAAGCCCAAUGUGGGCAUGAUGUACAAUUUCCUUACUUUACACAUAGCUGGGUUCAGUUUGCUAAUAUCUUGGUUAGAAUUUUGCAUCAAUUUCAUGAGUGAGAAUAUCUGAUAAUUUUGGUUUUAUGUUCAUGUCAUUGUUCUGAUAUCAAGUUCAAAUAAAACUAACUUUUAAUAAUUAUAACUUGAGGAGUGUUCUUUCUCAUCUCUGGAAGAGAAAUCAGAUUAGGAUUACAUGAAUACCCACCCCCUAUAAGGUCAAUUGAUUCUAGUGUUUUAUUUGUGGAGAUAUUUUGUUCUGUAUCAACUUCUGUAGGCUGUUUUAGAUUUUCUCUUUCUAUUUGAAUCACUUUGGUAAUUUUUUCUAGAUAUCAAUUUUUUUACGGUGUUCACACUAUUCUCUUAUGCAAUCUUGGCAACAUCUGUGCCUAAAUAAUGCUUUUUUUGUAUACAAGUUCAUAACAGCAUUAUUCCCAAUAGCCCAAAGCAGUAAACUACCCAAGUGUCCUUCAACAGAUGAAUGGAUAAACAAAAAUGUGGCAUAUAUGUUCAAUUUAAUAUUAUUUAGCCUGAAAGAGGAAUGAAGGGGCUGAGAGUGUGGCUCAGUAGUAGAGCAAAUGAUUACCAUGCACAACACCCUUAGCACCAGGAACAAGAAAGAAAGAAGAAACGGAAAGGAAACUCUGACACUUGCUAUAACAAGGGUGAACCUGGAAAGCAUUAUGCUAAGUGAAAUAAGCCAGUCAUUGGGGACAAAAUAUUAUGUUUCCCCUUACAGGAAGUAUCUAGAAUACACAAAUUCUUAUAGAAAGGAAGGAGUUUAGAGGUUACCAGUGGCUUGGGAAAUACAGAAAAGGGGGAGUUACUGCUUUAGGGUUAUUAUGGAAUUUUUAUCUGGGGUAAUAAAAAAAAGCUUUGGAAGUAGAUAAGAGUGUUUGUUGUACAUAAUUGUGACUGUUCUUAUUGCCACUGAAUCAUACACUUAAAAAUGGUUAAAAUGGAGCCAUGCACCCUUAAUCCCAGCUAAUCAGGAAGUUGAGUCAGGAUUAUAGCUUGAGUCUAAGAGUUCAAGGCUAUCCUGGGUACCUAGUAAGACCCCAUUGUUAGAUCAGGACGAAAAGAAAAGACCACUGACUCCAAUUAAAAUUAAAUUAAAUUAAAGCAAGCUUGUUAUUUCGACCAGCCAGGCUGCCUCUCCCAACAAAAACCGCAGGAACAAGACAGCACUGCAGCUUUCUUGCAGCCCAGCUUUAUAGCCCAGAAAGUUACACAAAGGAGGGUUACAGAUAACAAAACUCUGAGGAGCAUAACACAAAGGCUAGUUUACAUUUUUGCUGGCCCCCGACAUCAGAAUUUAUGAAGGUUAUUAGAGACUCAGAGAGGGUCGUUAUCUGGCCAGGGAAAGCCAAGAUUUAUGAGGCGUCACUAAAGUUUCAGAGAGGGCUGCUAUCUGGUUGGAGAGCCAGGCAUGGGUGAGUUCAAGGCAUGGGCAGACAUUCCAAGCAGGUUCAGAAUUUGCAGUAAUUUGUAGUAAAACCAAAAUUAUCUUUUCAUGGCUUUGUGGAGAGAUGGCUCCCAAUUUUAAGAGAA